AUCAAGCUCCAGUAGUACGGAGAUCUAGCUAGCGAACGAGCCCGAUCAACCAUGGGGGAAAGUUGUGGGAUGUUCGAAAGAGGUUUCACUCGCCAAGUGGACCUCGAUGAGAUGACAUAGAGAGGCUAUUACUCAUCGAUCACAAGCAUCUGGAUGUCACCAUGCCUGUGUCUGUCGGUGAGUGGCGUGUCAGGAUUGGCACGUUUAUACGUCGGCGGAAGAAAAAAUAUGACUACAAUUACUUUUGGAAUAAACUUGUCAACUUGAUCAAAAGAGCCAAGAAUGUUCAGUCACCCGAAGAAAACAACUCAGAAUGUAAUACUUCGCCUCGCUCUCCUAAGACUCGGUCACAAUGUGACGGUCCUAAGUGUGAUGCUGUCAAGGAGAGUGGAUCCUCAUGUGAUGUAAAAAGCCCCGGACCUGACGAGGUUUCUAACUCUGAGUCUUCGUGUGCUGAAAACAAUGGUUCUCCAACGGCAAACGAGAUCAACCCUGUCCCUGAUACCACUGAAGUGCAAAUUCCAAUUCCCCGACCCUGCGUAGAUGAUGAAUUGGACAAUAGACACAUAACCAUCAAUCUAGUGUCACAUGAAUACCCCCCUAAUUCUACUCAAAUAACAGACCAACCUGAAGUUGCAACAUCAGAGUCAUACUCAUAUGUACAUGUAGCCAUCGCAGGUGAGACAGAUCGUAUCCAAAUAUACAAGGAGAAGACAUCCACCUCUGCACCGUCGGGGAUAGAGAACCAAUCACCGGGCUUGUCACCUAAACCCAGGAAAGAUACAACUAGAAACUCCGAUCAAACAACAACAUCUAACAUGGAAGUAAGGGAGAAUCACGGGUCAUCGACUUAUCCGGUCCUCCGAUCAGGGACAACCACCAGUGAAGCAUAUGCAAUCAAAGGAAAUGACUGUCCAGACAUGACCAACAUACUCCUAUUGAGAUCCGGUGACGUAGAACGAAACCCUGGUCCAAAUGAUAACCCUGGAAGUCUGACCGAGCUCGAACUCUAUCUCCUUGCCGACGGUAUGGAUUCAUCAGAUUUCAGGAAGGUCGGACUAGCUUUAGGAUUCUCUGAGGCUCAACUAAGUCGGUUCGAGAAAGACAAGCUUGGCGACUCCAUGCAUGCUACCUAUCAGAUGCUUUACGAAUGGCGGAAGACAGUACGUGAUAGCGAGGCGAGGGAGAGAUUGGUCGACACGUUAGAAAGCAUUAAGCUGUUACAACUUGCUGAUAGCGUACGAAAAGGUCAGGUUGGUGAUGACAUACCCUCAAUGACAGAGGCGGAAAUCAAGCGGGUUGCUGAAGAUGUCAAACGCUAUUUGGCAAUUCACCUCUGUCAGAUUCAAGCCGAUCCACUGAACAGCGAGCUCCUACUUAAAUUUGAACGGAUCUUCACUAAUCUAACGUUGAUGGAAGAAGACAAAGGUACCAACCACAAGACACCGCUUCUAUACGGCGACCUCCUCAAGACGAAGGUUAACGGAAUCUAUCCCAAACGCUUGUUGUUGGAAGGUGAGGGCGGUGUGGGGAAGACCACUUUCUGCGCCAAGAUCGCUUGGGACUGGAUCCACGGAAAAGGUUACCAAGAUUUCAAACUGGUUUUUGUCGUCCUAUUUCGCGAGGCAAAGGACAAGACUGUUGGAGAGAUAGUCAAGUCAUAUCUCCCAAAAGAAAAUCCUGUCACAGCCAAGAAGCUAAACAAGUACGUCCUCUCAAAUCCAAAGGACGUCUUUCUGGUCCUGGACGGCCUGGAUGAGUUUGCUGUCGAUCUUAACAACAUUCAGCAAAUCGCUCUGAUCACUCUCAAUCAGCUGUUCGAGUCAGGGACAGUACUAAUCACAUCACGGCGGUGGAGAUCAGAUGAGAUAAGGAAAAAUGCCAAUCUCAGAAAGGUGUUUGCUUUCAUUGCCGUAGAAGGUUUCUCUGCUGAAAACCUCUCUUCCUACAUCACCAAGUUCUUUCAUCAAGACACAGCUUCCUCUGAAGAUCUGAACCGAUUCAUAUCGAACAACGAUGUGAUCAGAGAGAACAUGGCCCCCUAUCCCAUAUACACAGCCAUGCUGUGCAUCAUGUGGAAAGAGUUUGAUGGAGAGCGCCGAGAGGCAAUGUCCAAGCUGCAAACAUUUUCCCAGCUCUUCAAUGAGAUGAUUGGCUUUCUGGUUGAUCAUUAUCUAUCGAAGCACAUUCCAUCUUCAGGUAUCGUUGAAGGCGAAUUGAGGGAGAAUCGUUCAGAUAUUCGUCAUCACCUGCUUCAGAUUGGCCACAUUGCCAUCAAGGGACUUCUCGAGAGACGGUUAGUAUUCACAGAAGAAGAGUUUCAAAGUUAUCCCGAGUCCAUCGAUGUAGGUUGUAAAGUUGGUGUGCUCACCAGAGAAAAGAAAGUUCUUCCGAGGAGAGACAGAAGAGCUAAUCAAAAUAUAGCAGUUCCAUUGGUGCAGUUCCCUCAUAAGCUCUUCCAGGAAUAUCUAUCAGGAAUGCAUCUUGCAUCUCUGUACAACCCAAACCGUAAUGAGUAUGACAGGUUGAUAGCGAAAAUCAUAACGGAUGCAGGGGAAUACCGGUACCUACUGUACUUCACAUCGGCCCAGCAGAAGGAGGUCGGAUUGGAUAUCGUAUCUCGUCUCACAGCAGGAAAAAGACAGCGUAGAUAUGAUGAUAACUUCGUCAUAGAUGUAGCAUACGAGAGCCAAGACCAAGCAGUGGCCAAAGCAGUGGCGGAUCAUCUCUCCACUGAGUCCAGCAAGACACUGAAGAUCACCGAGAAGAUGCAGGCACACACAGUAUCAGGGCAUAUCUUCAUUAUGAAUCAUCGUGAAGUGGAUGAUCUGAUUAUUGAGAAGUCAUGUGGACGAACGGCUUCAGAGGACCUGGCUGAAUUCAUGUGCUCAUCAGGAUCACUGAGAUCUGUUAAGAUCGCUGGUACUAUGCAUGAUGUCUUCUACCCGGUGCUUGCGAAUAAAGCAGUCCAUUCCAAGAUUGAGACUCUUAACAUCGCGAUCCGGGAUCUCAGUGAACGUCCCUCUGCAUCACGUGAUCUCGCUCAGUUCAUCUGUAAGAUGCCUCAUUUGAAGGACCUGAUACUCGGUAAUAAUGACGAGGUCUUGCUUCACGAUGACUUCUACUCAACAUCUUCGUCGAUGGCAUCAUCUAGGAAGCAGGUAGGAAAGGUUGAACGUUUCAGGAAGUGGAUGCGAAGAGCUUAUACCAAAACAGAGUGA